GGCGGGGCGCGUCAGCGGCGGGGCGGCGGGGCGCGGGGCGGCGGGCGCUGCCAUUGGCCCGGCUGUCAUGUGGUCGCGCGGAGGCAUCGGCGCUUCCCCGGGAAUGUUUUCCUCGAGAUGUCAGCCUGCAAGGGACACAAGCUCUCUUCCUCAAAUUCCUGCCCAAAAUGUCCUUCCCCAACAGCUCUCCUGCCGCUAAUACUUUUUUAGUAGACUCUCUCAUCAGUGCGUGCAGGAGUGACAGUUUCUACUCCAACAGCGCCAGCAUGUAUAUGCCACCUAGCACAGACAUUGGGACUUAUGGGAUGCAAACCUGUGGACUCCUACCGUCUCUGGCUAAAAGAGAAGUUAAUCACCAAAAUAUGGGUAUGAAUGUACAUCCUUAUAUACCUCAAGUAGACAGUUGGACAGACCCGAACAGAUCUUGUCGAAUAGAGCAACCUGUUACACAGCAGGUCCCCACUUGUUCCUUCACUACAAAUAUUAAAGAAGAAAGCAAUUGCUGCAUGUAUUCCGAUAAGAGAACCAAACUCAUUUCUUCAGACGUCCCUUCCUACCAGAGGCUGGUGUCUGAAUCAUGCCCCAUUGAGAACCCCGAGGUUCCCGUCCCAGGAUAUUUUAGACUGAGCCAGACCUACGCCACUGGGAAAACCCAAGAGUACAAUAAUAGCCCCGAAACGAGUUCAACUGUAAUGUUACAGUUAAACCCUCGCGGCAGCUCCAAACCGCAGAUAUCUUCUCAACUUCAGAUGGAAAAGAAAAUGAAUGAAAACCCGAACAACCAAGACAGCGCAGCUAAAGUCUCUCAAGUGGAAAGUCCCGAGCCCAAGUCCACGUUGCAAGACGAGAGGAGCUGCCUGCCCGAAGGCUCCGUGUCCAGCCCAGAAGUCCAGGAGAAGGAGAGUAAAGAGGAAAUCAAGUCUGAUACUCCAACAAGCAAUUGGCUAACUGCAAAGAGUGGCAGAAAGAAGAGGUGUCCUUACACUAAGCACCAAACACUGGAAUUAGAGAAAGAGUUCUUAUUCAAUAUGUAUCUCACUCGAGAGCGCCGCCUAGAGAUCAGUAAGAGCGUAAACCUCACUGACAGGCAGGUCAAGAUUUGGUUUCAAAACCGCAGAAUGAAGCUCAAGAAGAUGAGCAGGGAGAACCGAAUCCGAGAACUGACCGCUAAUCUGACCUUCUCUUAAAGCCUAACCCUGGGGGUGGAAACAGUGAGAAAUGGGCACAGCACCACCAGUUGCUAAAUGCAGGAGAGACUGUGGCAGAACCCGUCAUUUUCCUUUUUUUUUUUUUUCCUUUUUUUUUUUUUUUUUUUUUUUUUUCUGGUAGAAUGUGACUCUUCGUCCUUCUUUUAGCGCUGCAAGUGAAUAUGUAUUACUAUGACGAGUAUAUAUAAAACCUAGCACGUGUAAUUUAUUUUUGUUCUCAUCGUAAUGCAGGGUAACUAUUAUUGAAUAUUAUCAUUUGGUCUUAACUUAUUGGAACUGUCGAACAUCCAAGCAAUGUGACUUUUUCAUGUUUUUACUAACAAAAUGGUAUUUAUGUGGGGCUGUUACACGGGCCAUAACAUUUUGCGUACAUUCAAUACUUUAAGAAAAAAGGGGGAAAAACUUUGGGGGCGGGGGGAAAGAGAAGCACAUUAUAAUGUAACUAUCCUCGCAAAUGAACUUUGAGAUUGUCCUUCGUAAAAUGGAAUAUUUCAUUCUUCUCCAUUGUAGACAUUUUCUUGUGGUGCAUAUGUGGAAUAGUAGUCGUUCAGCAGCAAUAUGUCCUUCUUGUGCAUGUUCUGUUCGCAUGUAUAAUGCAAUAAACUCUGUAAACUACUGCGGUUCCUUUGGUUUUCUACAAACGUUUGAAGUACGGCUGCAGGUUGGUUUCCUGAUCUUUCCUUAUCAGCAGCUCUUUGGACUGAUGUACCUUCUCGCCUUCUUGUCCAUUUUCUGGUCUUUGUGUGUGUCUGCCUGCUUUCCUUUCUUUCUUUUUCCCUUUUUCUUUCUUUCUUUUCUUUUUUUUCCCUUCUCCCUUCUUUUUAGAGGUGGGGUGGAGACAGGGGCGGGAAAUGAUGUAAAGCUAAUUUAUUUAUAAUUGUGUCUGUAAACAAAUGAUUAAUUGAUAAAAUAUUGUGUGAUGUUCGCAGUCUAACAAACUGAAUGCAAAAAAAAAAAAAAAAAAGGAGAGACAGAAAAAAAAAAAAAGUAGUAAAAUAUUAUGACCUAAACUGGACAUCCUCAUCCAAUCAACUCAUAAAUGGUAAGUGAUAAAAAAUCUUUCUACUACAAGCUGUCAGCAAUAUGUGUGUCAUUUUAUUUGACGUUCCUAUGUUGAUUUAAAAAAUAACAGUCACUGCCUGCUUACAA